UUAAUCUCGCGAUAUUUGGGAAGUUCCGUUGGGAAGAUGGCGGCGGCCGGGAGCACCCUUCUCUUCUUGCCGCCGGGGACUUCAGACUGAGCCUUCCCGGGAAGAGUGGGGACGGCUUGUGCCCUGCGUCCCGGGAGCCCGAACCAACUUGGUUCCCUCGUUAGUGGUGGGGAAGGGCUUAUCCUCUUGUGUAGGACUCAGUACCUCCCCACCGUCAGGAUGAAGGCUCAGGGGGAAACCGAGGAGUCGGAGAAGCUGAGUAAGAUGAGUUCUCUCUUGGAACGGCUCCAUGCGAAAUUUAACCAAAAUAGACCUUGGAGUGAAACCAUUAAGCUUGUGCGUCAAGUCAUGGAGAAGAGGGUUGUGAUGAGUUCUGGAGGGCACCAACAUUUGGUCAGCUGUUUGGAGACUUUGCAGAAAGCUCUUAAAGUAACAUCUUUACCAGCAAUGACUGACCGCUUAGAGUCUAUAGCAAGACAGAAUGGACUGGGCUCUCAUCUCAGUGCCAGUGGCACUGAAUGUUACAUCACGUCAGAUAUGUUCUAUGUGGAAGUGCAGUUAGAUCCUGCAGGACAGCUUUGUGAUGUAAAAGUGGCUCACCAUGGGGAGAAUCCUGUGAGCUGUCCAGAACUUGUGCAGCAACUAAGGGAAAAAAAUUUUGAUGAAUUUUCUAAGCACCUUAAGGGUCUUGUUAAUCUUUAUAACCUUCCAGGGGACAACAAACUGAAGACUAAAAUGUACCUGGCUCUCCAAUCCUUAGAACAGGACCUAUCUAAAAUGGCAGUUAUGUAUUGGAAGGCAACCAAUGCUGGUCCCUUGGAUAAGAUUCUUCAUGGAAGUGUUGGCUAUCUUACUCCAAGAAGUGGGGGUCAUUUAAUGAAUUUGAAGUACUAUGCCUCUCCUUCUGACCUGCUGGAUGAUAAGACUACAUCUCCCAUCAUUUUGCAUGAGAAUAAUGUUCCUCGAUCGUUGGGCAUGAACGCAUCAGUGACAAUUGAGGGAACGUCUGCUAUGUAUAAACUCCCAAUUGCACCAUUAAUUAUGGGGUCACAUCCAGUUGACAACAAGUGGACCCCCUCCUUCUCCUCUAUCACCAGUGCCAACAGUGUUGAUCUUCCUGCCUGUUUCUUCUUGAAAUUUCCCCAGCCAAUCCCAGUAUCUAGAGCAUUUGUUCAGAAGCUUCAGAACUGCACAGGAAUUCCAUUGUUUGAAACUCAACCAACUUAUGUACCCCUCUAUGAACUAAUCACUCAAUUUGAGCUGUCAAAGGACCCGGACCCCAUACCUUUGAAUCACAACAUGCGAUUUUAUGCUGCUCUUCCAGGUCAGCAGCACUGCUAUUUCCUCAACAAGGAUGCUCCUCUUCCAGAUGGCAGAAGUCUACAGGGAACCCUAGUUAGCAAAAUCACCUUUCAGCACCCUGGCCGAGUUCCUCUUAUCCUAAAUCUGAUCAGACAUCAAGUGGCCUAUAACACCCUAAUAGGAAGUUGUGUCAAAAGAACUAUUCUGAAAGAAGAUUCUCCUGGCCUCCUCCAAUUUGAAGUAUGUCCUCUCUCAGAGUCCCGUUUCAGCAUAUCUUUUCAGCACCCUGUGAAUGACUCCCUGGUGUGUGUGGUAAUGGAUGUGCAGGACUCAACACAUGUGAGCUGUAAACUGUACAAGGGGCUGUCAGAUGCACUCAUCUGCACAGAUGACUUCAUUGCCAAAGUUGUUCAAAGAUGUAUGUCCAUCCCUGUGACGAUGAGGGCUAUUCGGAGGAAAGCUGAAACCAUUCAGGCCGACACUCCAGCACUGUCACUCAUUGCAGAGACAGUUGAAGACAUGGUGAAAAAGAACCUGCCCCCGGCUAGCAGCCCAGGGUAUGGCAUGACCACAGGCAACAACCCAAUGAGUGGUACCACUACACCAACCAACACCUUUCCGGGGGGUCCCAUUACCACCUUGUUUAAUAUGAGCAUGAGCAUCAAAGAUCGGCAUGAGUCGGUGGGCCAUGGGGAGGACUUCAGCAAGGUGUCUCAGAACCCAAUUCUUACCAGUUUGUUGCAAAUCACAGGGAACGGGGGGUCUACCAUUGGCUCGAGUCCGACCCCUCCUCAUCACACGCCGCCACCUGUCUCUUCGAUGGCCGGCAACACCAAGAACCACCCGAUGCUCAUGAACCUUCUUAAAGAUAACCCUGCCCAGGAUUUCUCAACCCUUUAUGGAAGCAGCCCUUUAGAAAGGCAGAACUCUUCUUCCGGCUCACCCCGGAUGGAAAUAUGCCCGGGAAGCAACAAGACAAAGAAGAAGAAGUCAUCAAGAUUACCACCUGACAAACCCAAGCACCAGACUGAAGAUGACUUUCAGAGGGAGCUAUUUUCAAUGGAUGUUGACUCACAGAACCCUAUCUUUGAUGUCAACAUGACAGCAGAUACGCUGGAUACGCCACACAUCACUCCAGCACCAAGCCAGUGUAGUACUCCCCCAACAACUUACCCACAACCAGUACCUCACCCCCAGCCCAGUAUUCAAAGGAUGGUCCGACUAUCCAGUUCAGACAGCAUUGGCCCAGAUGUAACUGAUAUCCUUUCAGACAUUGCAGAAGAAGCCUCUAAGCUUCCCAGCACUAGUGACGAUUGCCCACCCAUUGGUACCCCUGUGCGAGAUUCUUCAAGCUCUGGGCAUUCUCAGAGUGCCCUCUUUGACCCUGAUGUCUUUCAAACCAAUAAUAAUGAAAAUCCUUACACAGAUCCAGCUGACCUAAUUGCAGAUGCUGCUGGAAGCCCUAGUAGUGACUCUCCUACCAAUCAUUUUUUUCCUGAUGGAGUAGAUUUUAAUCCUGAUUUGUUGAACAGCCAGAGCCAAGGUGGUUUUGGAGAAGAAUAUUUUGAUGAAAGCAGCCAAAGUGGAGAUAACGAUGAUUUCAAAGGAUUUGCAUCUCAGGCACUAAAUACUUUGGGGGUGCCAAUGCUUGGAGGUGAUAAUGGGGAGACAAAGUUUAAAGGCAACAGCCAAGCUGACACAGUUGAUUUCAGUAUUAUAUCAGUGGCUGGUAAGGCUUUGGGUCCUGCAGAUCUUAUGGAGCAUCACAGUGGUAGCCAGAGUCCUUUAUUGACUACUGGGGACUUAGGGAAAGAAAAGAGUCAAAAGCGAGUAAAGGAAGGGAAUGGCACCAGUAAUAGUAGUCUGUCAGGGCCAGGAUUAGAUAGCAAACCAGGGAAGCGCAGUCGGACCCCUUCUAAUGAUGGCAAAAGCAAAGAUAAACCUCCAAAGCGGAAGAAGGCAGACACUGAAGGAAAGUCUCCUUCUCACAGUUCUUCUAACCGACCUUUCACUCCACCUACCAGUACAGGCGGAUCCAAGUCUCCAGGCAGUUCAGGAAGGUCACAGACUCCCCCAGGUGUUGCCACACCACCUAUUCCCAAAAUCACUAUUCAGAUUCCUAAAGGCACCGUGAUGGUGGGCAAGCCCUCCUCCCACAGUCAGUAUACCAGUAGUGGUUCUGUGUCUUCCUCAGGCAGUAAAAGCCACCAUAGCCAUUCUUCCUCCUCCUCUUCCUCAUCUUCUGCUUCCAACUCAGGCAAGAUGAAAAGCAGUAAAUCAGAAGGUUCAUCAAGUUCCAAGUUAAGCAGCAGUGUGUAUUCUAGCCAAGGGUCUUCUGGAUCUAGCCAGUCCAAAAAUUCAUCCCAGUCUGGGGGGAAGCCAGGCUCCUCUCCCAUUACCAAGCAUGGACUGAGCAGUGGCUCCAGCAGCACUAAGAUGAAACCUCAAGGGAAGCCAUCAUCACUUAUGAAUCCUUCUUUAAGUAAACCAAACAUAUCCCCUUCUCAUUCAAGGCCACCUGGAGGCUCUGAUAAGCUUGCCUCUCCAAUGAAGCCUGUUCCUGGGACUCCCCCAUCCUCUAAAGCCAAGUCCCCCAUCAGUUCAGGUUCUGGUGGUUCUCAUAUGUCUGGAACCAGUUCAAGCACUGGCAUGAAGUCAUCUUCAGGGUUAGGAUCCUCAGGCUCAUUGUCUCAGAAAACUCCCCCAUCAUCUAAUUCUUGUACAGCAUCUUCCUCUUCCUUUUCCUCAAGUGGUUCUUCCAUGUCAUCCUCUCAGAACCAACAUGGGAGUUCCAAGGGGAAAUCUCCCAGCAGAAAUAAGAAGCCGUCCUUAACAGCUGUCAUAGAUAAACUGAAGCAUGGGGUCGUCACCAGUGGCCCUGGAGGUGAAGACCCAAUGGAUGGCCAGAUGGGGGUGAGCACAAAUUCUUCUAGCCAUCCAAUGUCCUCCAAACAUAACAUGUCAGGAGGAGAGUUCCAGAGUAAGCGUGAGAAAAGUGAAAAAGAAAAAUCCAAGGUUUCCACCUCGGGGGGUUCAGUGGAUUCAUCUAAGAAGACCUCAGAGUCAAAAAAUGUGGGGAGCACAGGUGUGGCAAAAAUUAUCAUCAGCAAGCACGAUGGGGGUUCUCCCAGUAUUAAAGCCAAAGUGACUUUGCAGAAACCUGGGGAGAGUAGUGGAGAAGGGCUCAGGCCUCAGAUGACCUCUUCCAAAAACUAUGGCUCUCCACUCAUCAGUGGUUCCACUCCAAAGCAUGAGCGUGGCUCUCCUAGCCAUAGUAAGUCACCAGCAUAUACCCCCCAGAAUCUGGACAGUGAAAGUGAGUCAGGCUCCUCCAUAGCAGAGAAAUCUUAUCAGAACAGUCCCAGCUCAGAUGAUGGUAUCCGACCUCUUCCAGAAUACAGCACAGAAAAGCAUAAGAAGCACAAAAAAGAAAAGAAGAAAGUAAAAGACAAAGAUCGGGACCGGGACCGGGACAAAGACCGGGACAAGAAAAAAUCUCAUAGCAUCAAGCCAGAGAGUUGGUCUAAAUCACCCAUCUCUUCAGACCAGUCCUUGUCUAUGACAAGCAACACAAUUUUAUCUACAGACAGGCCCUCAAGGCUCAGCCCUGACUUUAUGAUUGGGGAAGAAGAUGAUGAUCUUAUGGAUGUGGCCCUGAUUGGCAAUUAGGAACCUUAUUUUUUAAGACAAAAAUGGCCAGAGAAAAACUAAUUAAUAAGUUUAUAGGCAAACCACCAUAAGGGGUGAGUCAGGUGUGAUUUUGUGUUCAAGAAUCUUAAAUGGCAUGGCUUUGACACCGAGCUGGGUAAAUUUAGAAAGGCAUAGCCAGACCCUACUAAAGAGACCAUAGGGUUUGAUUUUGGUUACCAAGAAUCACUUUUUCCUUUGCCAGAGAAAAAAGA